AUGGCAAAGAGCGUAAGGAGAAGAUCGAGUGGUAGUGUGCUGGGUGUUAACUCGAGUUCUGGCACAACAGCUGGUCCAAUUGCACCAGCUGUGACGAAAAACAACAACAACAAUAUUAGCAUGAAUACAAUUGGUAAUAGUUUGCAGAUACAGGAACUGCAGAACAUUAUGGACUCACAGAAUGAAAAAUUUAACGAGAUAAAGCUGGGCUACUCGAUACAGAAUUCACAAUUGGCAAGAGCUAAUUCAUUGCUCUCUAUGAAACUUAAUGAAAUUGAAUCAAAAUUAACUGAACUUAUAAGAGAAAAUGUGUCCUUACGUUCGGAUUUGAAUUUCUACAAGCAUACUAAGGUAAAUGAAGAACCACGCAAUACUGUAUUGCAAGAUUUGGAUGCUUUACAAUUGGGUGUGGUACAAAGAUUUGAUGAGAUUUUAUGUAUAUUUAAAAGAUUUAGAGAAAAUAGUGUUUCUAAUCAGCCAAUUACUCCAAGGAAGAGAUUGAAAAGUUCAAGAAGAGAAUCUAUAGUAAUUGAACAAUCCAAUAUCACUGAGGUCGAAGCAAAACAAUUGCAUGAGCAAAAGCCAAUACAGGAAGAAGAGAUAGUCUUUGAUCAAGAAUCUAUGCAUAAAGAAGAGCAGGAACAAGAACAAGAACAAGAGAAGGAGCAAGAGCAAGAAGAGGAUACAAAUCAAAAUCAAAAUCAAAAUCAAGAACAAGAACAAGAACAAGAUCAAGAUCAAGAACAGCAACCAGAGGCAGAGGCAGAGGCAGAGGUGGAAGUAGAACAAGAAUCUAUGGCAUUGAUCGAUUGCUCUAUACCAGAGGAAGAUCAUCAACAACUACUAAACUCACAACCACAAAAGUUGAAUGUUUUUAAUGAUAAUUCUCCUUUGCCCUCCCAAAAGGUUAAACAUUCUAUGAAACAAAGAAAAAACAGAAAUUUAAUAGUUGACGAAAUAAUGCCAAAUUCAUUAAUUACUACAAAUCCGCGUUCAAAAAGAACAAGAGGUAAAACUGUGGACUACACAUUACCUUCUCUAAGAGCUAAAAUGAGAAGACCCACUGAAAAAUUUGUAGAUGCAACAACCGUAACCAAUAUCCAUGAUUUACAAGUUUCAACAAAAUCCAAGAGGAAACUAUCUCAACAGAUCGACACCUCGCCGAUUAUCAAACCAAAUAUAGCUACAACAACAACAGAAACAACAACAGCAACAACAUCACCACCUCCACUACCACCACCACAAAUGGCGUCAACAGCACCUCUGGUAUUAAAAGAUGUCACAAAUAUUCAUAAUACCUCUAGAAUUAAGGCUAAAACAAAAAAAUUAUUUAAAAAACCAAUUAUAAACAAUAUUAAUGACGAAUUAUUACACACUUCAAAUGAAAACUCGAACUCACUAUCAAAUGAAAAUUCCUUUAGAUUACAAGAAGAAGAUUUAUCUGUGUUUGAUUUUAUGGGGAAUUCCAAUAUUAAGAGAGCUCCAAAAACUUAUAGAAACUAUAACAAAAGAUUAUAA